AUGGAAUACGAUCGGCGCGUCCCGUGCGAACGACCAACAGCGCCCUUUGUCCCGAUCGCCGCGCGUAAGGGAUGAGCAACGGUUGGUGCGAUCUUCGCUCGAUAGCAUAGAAAGGCUAUGACGAUUCGAGCGGUCCUGUAGAGCCGGAAGUCGGUCCCAGCGGGAAAAAGGAGAGAGUGAGAGAAAAAAGAAGCCAGAAAGCGAGAGAGACGCGGGGAUAUUUCCCAAUCCCAAACGACCGCUGGAACGCCAGAGGUGGUCCAACAGCGACGACGACGACGACGACGACAUUCCCUCCGGCGGAAGCAGUCGCCGUAGAACAAGAAGAAGAAGAAGACGAUAUCCUGACGGAGAUCAGCACCCGUCCAAUCUGCGAUGAGGACACACGUGAACGGCGUUGGUAGGCCUCGCGGCAUGAUGCUGACGGUUGCAGUAGCGAUUGCCGUGGGCAUGGUUGUUGCUGCCGCAGUUGUAGUGUCACCGGUGGAUGCAGCAGGACUCGCCAACUGUCCGCUAGGAUGUCAGUGCGACGACGACACGCUCGUGGUGACGUGCGGUGAAGGUCAACUGGAUGUGCUGCCGAUCGUGCUGAACCCAUCGCUGCAGCGGCUAGUGAUCAAGAACAACAAAAUCAAAACCAUCGACUCGUCGAUGCAGUUCUACGCCGAGCUGACGUUCUUGGAUCUCAGCUACAAUCACCUGUUCAAUAUGCCACCGCGCACGUUCGCGUACCAGCGGAAGCUUACCGAGCUGCACCUGAACCACAAUAAGGUUGGUUCGAUCUCGAACAAGACGUUCGUUGGGUUGGUGGCGCUAACCGUGCUAAAUCUGCGCGGGAAUUUCCUCGACGAGCUGCCAGAGGGUGUGUUCUCUGGUGUACCGAAGCUCGAGGAACUCAACCUCGGUCAGAACCGCAUCGCCAAGCUCGAUCCGAAGGCAUUCACAGGGCUAGCAAACCUGCGUGUGCUUUAUCUCGACGACAACACGAUCAGUACGGUGCCAUCUCCGGCACUUCAACCACUCCGGGGUCUGGCUGAGUUGUACCUUGGGCUCAACUCGUUCGUCGCCAUCCCGAAGGACGCGUUCGCCAUGCUGUCGGGGUUAACCCUGCUCGACCUUAACGGAGCCGCCCUGUUGAACAUCUCGCGUGACAGUUUCCGCGGGCUUGAACGACUCCGUACGCUCGAGCUGUCGGACAAUCGGUUGAGUCGCAUCCCGACGGCGGAAUUAUCUCCCCUCGAUCGGCUCGAGCAGCUGGCGCUUGGUCAGAAUGAUUUCGAGACCAUCCCGGCGAGUGCACUGGCGGGUCUCAGUAACCUACGUCUGCUGGACAUAUCGGGCUCGCUGAAGCUGACGCGCAUCGAGAGUGGUGCGUUCGCACCCAACACCAACCUGGAGGAGAUCGUGAUCGCCUCCAACAAAGCGUUAACUGACAUCGAAGAAGGCGCGCUAAGCGGGUUGCCGCAUUUACGGCGCAUCGUGCUGAAGGAUAACGCACUCACCACACUCACCGACGGGAUGCUGUCGUGGAACGAGCUCGUUGAGUUGGAUCUUUCCGAGAAUCCGAUCUUGUGUGAUUGUCAGAUCCUGUGGUUGCGUAACCUGCUCGUCACCAGAAGCAACACAACCGGUUCGGCGGGACAACCGGUCGUCGGUCAGCAACAGAUUCCGGUCGUUUGUGCCGCUCCAGACCGGCUACGUGAGCAGGUCCUGCAAAGCUUGUCACCGGAGCUGCUCGGUUGCACGCAUCCCGACCGUCAGCAGCAGGCCAUCAUCUGCGUGGUGUUGGUUAGUGCCGCCGCCAUUUUGACGACGCUUGCGCUCGUCAUUUACAAGUGCCGGCGGCGCAUUCAGGAGGUUGUGAAAGGCAGCUGGGGUAGUAACGGGAUCGGACGGAAGGAGCGCGAGUACCAGAAGACAUUCUCCGAGGAGGACUACUCGGCGCGGCAUCCCCAUCCAGGACCACCGGGCGGAGGAUUGGCCAUUCAUCCGACCACACUCAACAACUACCAGAUCAACAACCACCAUCACCAUUCGCACGGCAUCCGGCACAUUCCGGUCACGGAACUAUAG